AUGGAGAAUAAACUGCGGAUUCAGCGGAACUUUGUUUCAGUCGAAGGUGUCUCACGGUUAUUUGACGACAUCAGAGAACUCACAGUUCCUCAUCCACAAGAUGCCAUAGAUAAGGGUCUUUUGUCGAUUCACGGUCAUGGUGGAACUACUUAUGAUUUCCCUGAGACAGAGGACAAAAUCAGCGCCUUUCGAGACAUCAUAUAUGACGAUGAGAGAGCACAUGGCCAAAUCAGUGGAAUCUUGAGACUUCAACUUGUGAAAGAAAGUGUGAGAGAUCAUGUGAAAUCUAUUGUGAAUAGAACUAUUGACAACAGUGUUAUCGAGAAUGGUGGGACGAUUCACCUGUAUCUGUCGAAACCUGAGUCAUCAGCUUUGGCAAAUCACACAGAUGUGACGGAUAUUUUUGUGCUACAGCUCUCAGGAGCCAAAGAAUGGAUUCUUUGCGACGCAGACGCACCUCAGUUUGCACACAAAUUGGAUCGAAACCUAAGAGGCAAGCUCGACCUGUGCACCACCUACAAUGCAGCGGAAAUGGAUAGUCUGAGAUGUGAACGGACAAUACUUUAUCCUGGUGAUGCACUCUAUCUUCCAAAACAUGUCGUUCAUUCAGCCCAAGCUACACCUGAUGGAUUGUCGGCACAUUUGACGUUUGGAUUUGCGGAGAAUACCUGUUCGGCUGAUAGAAUGGACAGUUGUCUUGGUGUACAGUCCCGUUUUCAACACAGAGAUCUUCAAACAACCUGUAACUCUGACCAAGGCGGUAGUGUUUGCAAUACAAGUUGUAAUUGCGCUUGCACAGGCAGUUGCGACGGCCAACCUUGUUUUUCCAACUGUAAUGGCGGAUGUACUGGCAGCUGCGACAAUUUCUUUUCAUCCUGUGACUCAGGUUGCAUCAGUAAUUGUAAUGGGGGUUGUCUUGGCGGUUCUUGUGACAGUAACUGCAAUAGCUGUUGCAACGGUGGGUGCCUUGUCUGUCCCACUCCUCAACCGACUCGACCACCAACGCCUCAACCAACGCCUCAACCGACUCCUGGACCAACUCAUCAACCUACCCCGGGACCAACUGCUCCACCAACCCCUGGUCCAACACCUAUUCCAACACCGCAACCGACACCUGGGCCAUCUCCGAAACCUUCUGAUAGCCCGACUGAUAAUCCAUCUUACAAACCAUCGCAAAAUCCGUCGAGAGAGCCAUCGUCUGAACCAUCUGGCCUACCAUCACAAAAGCCGAGUAGAGAAGGAAGUUUAGGGCCGACGUUCACUCCAUCGACACGACCAACAGGAAUACCAUCUAUUUCGCCUUCGCUGGUUCCAUCAACAGCACCAUCGGAAGUACCAAGUGUUGUUCCAUCCGAAUCUCCAUCGGAUGCACCAUCUGCUGAACCAUCAAGGCAACCAAGUCUGGGACCGACAAUAGAACCUUCUGUUGACCCAACAUUUGCACCUGUGAUUGGACCAACGCCUCCUCCAACACCAGGACCAACCUCGGCACCGACCAUUGCUGGCUCUGCUGAGCCUUCUACAAUACCGUCCGCAGCUCCAACUGGAAUUCCAUCUGUACAACCAUCUCGCUCUCCUUCCAUCACACCCUUUGUGGGUCAGACACCUCGUCCAACGGUCGUGGAUUCUUCAUCUCCUUCGCUCCCGCCGACAGAGAGUCCCACUUUGAAGCCAGUCGUUGGAGAUACAGCUAGGCCAUCGUUGGAAUUCUCAAAUGAACCGUCUGCUGAACCAUCCAUGGCACUUGAUUCGGGACCGUCUGCCGUACUGUCAUCCUCUAUGCCCUCUUCAGAGCCAUCCUUCGAGACAUUUGACAGAGAAGAGGAUCAAAACUCGAUAUCUUCUGGAACCGGUCUUGACAGCAGUGUGAUUUUUGGAAUUGUAGGCGCAGCCGCGGUCCUUUUUGGUCUUUGCUUCUUGUACAUGUUUUUCUUUCGAAAGAAGAAGAAAAAAGUUCUCAAGGUUACAGUUGAUGUCAAACCGCAGGAAGAUGGCACAAUCAAAGUCAAGAAAAAGACUGAAUACAGGGGCAAUCAUGCACCCACCAUUGAGAGGCUGGAGUUUCCCAAUGAAGUGAAUGCAAAUGCCAAUGGUUAUUUCAUAGAAUCAGAUGAUCGGCAGUUCGGGACAGGUGCUGUGGCUACUACCAAUUUUCGGGCGCAACCACGGGAACAAGCACCUUCGAGGAAAGAAGCCGAGUUCCAUUUUGGGCCAGAAGGCGACGAAAUCCCGAUGGCUGCGGCAAUCGUCGGGGAUGAUGAUGGCCAAGUUCCCAUUGCUGAGAUUGGACUUGGCAGCGUAGGUUCUGGUGGUAAAGGGGAAGGCGAAGAAGACGACAUCCUCAGUGGCAUGAAGAAGAGAAAAGACACGAAAGGUGGCACAGUUGUCGGUCAUAUGCCGGUUAAGGAUACAAAGGAAUCCGCCCGCCGAGAACGAGCACAGGGCGGAAAGCAAUCGGAUGAACAAAUCAAGACAUCAGCUCGUCAGGAGAGAGACACAAUUAGAGAGAGCGACCGACAGGCAAAGCGUGCAGCUCGAUCUAAAACCGUUGCUAUCACUCCUGGAGCCUUUUCCUCCAGUGACGAGCAUAAAUCGGAGAGCAAGUCCCACAAGUCACGUCGUCCUUCGAAUGAUGGUGACUUGGCAUCAAAUGAUUCUUCUCAUCACGGUGACGACCUAGCAUCUCGAAAGGCAAAAGACUAUGACAAUAAGGAGAGGGUGGUUAGGGAGUAUGUUAUACGGGAAGGAGAAGACAAAGAGGACAGAGCCAGUCGAAAGGCAAGGGAACAUGACGAGGCAACAGCUGCUCGAAAGUCUAGAGCUCGGUCAAAAGAUGGCAAUGAGAAGUCAGGAGAACGUCAUCGAAGGGCAACGACUCCCACUCGAGGCCCAGGUGCACAAUCUGUAGGUGGUGAAUCUGCGAAAAGUUCGGUGCUAAGGGAAGACAGAGCAGCUAGAAAGGCAAGAGACCAUGAUGAUGCAACACCAGCUCGAAAGGCUAGAGCUCGAUCAAAUGACAGCAUUGAUAAGUCAGGAGAACGCCGUCGACGCGCAACGACUCCCACACGCAGCCCAAGAGCACAAUCGGUGGAUGGUGAAACUCCGAAAAGUCCAAAUGAGGCGAAUCUCCGUUCUCCCCAAAGCGAAGAUGGCAAGUCCCCCAAUAGAAGAAGUCGCAGGUCUCCUACACGUGAUACUGGCAAGGGGAAAACAGACCCUAGGUCUCCUCAGAGUGAAGAUGGUCUGUCAAUGAGUGAACGAGUCAAAUCUCCCAGGAGUGAAAGAGUCAAAUCUCCCAAGAGUGACCGUGGCAAGUUAUCGAAGAGUGAUCAUGGUAGCUCAUCCAAGAGCCGACGCAGAAAGAUGAGCCCACAUCGAUCGUCUACUCCAAGCUCUUCACACCGACCAGACGUGGGUUCUUCUGAUCAUGGUAGCUCGUCCAGGAGGCACCAAAGUAAUAGGCUACAUCACUCCUCUCGGAGAUCUUCUCAUCGGCCCAACAAUGAUUCCACGGAUCGAAAGACGCAUCAACACAAGUCCCACAGACAUUCCACACGGAGAUCAGAACGAUCUCCAAAGUCGUCAAAAGAUGCCGAACAGGUUAUCCCUGUUCUACAGAAUGUGGAAGAGGAAAUGGAGGAAUGA